AAAUUCAUGAAAUUUUCAAGAAAAUAUGAGAAUUAAGAUUUUAAAAAGUAUUAUUUUGUUUUCUUUUGGAUUUACUGGAACAAGCUUGGGGAAAGGAGAAGGUCAUGGAAAAGGAGAUAUUGAUUGGUUUGUGGCAGAAAACUGGGUAAAAUCUACAGAACAGUGUAUAACUCAGAUUAAAAUGGGAGGCGUCACUGUGCACACAACAAAAGUUGGGGAACGCCCUGGUGCAAAGCUGGCGGAGAUGCAGUACAAACCAAACUCAAUAGUCAACAUCUGUGUACACAGGCCGCCAUCUUGGAUUUUCAGGUCAGGAAUGGUUACGUUGAUCUGGUUACCGGACAGAAUGGAGACAAGCAGACAUUUUUACCCAAACCCACAAUCUUAUCCAUUCCCAGACAAUAAAGACGACUUAUAUCAAAUUAAUCUCAGAGAAGAACUCUGAAAGAAAAAAUGUGUGCCCGUUUAUUUCAAAGUUAUAACAAUAUAAUCAACGUAUUACUUUAUUUUAUUGA